AACCGGCAGAUCACCACCCGGACGCAGGCCCGCGCGGUAGGGGAGUCGGGCCAGGGGCCAGCGCCCCCAUGGCCGCUGGUCUGGCUAUCCAAAAAGGACGCCGUGUCUCCCCGUCGGGGAAUCGAACCCCGGUCUCCCACGUGACAGGCGGGGAUGCUCACCACUAUACUAAGGAGGAGGAUAAGUUAGGCAGUUCCGUAAUGCUCUUCUCAAUGUGACAGGCCACUUAGGCCUACCAACCCCUAAAGGCGACUUCCGCACGGAAACGCAAAAGCCUCCGUACCAGGCCAGAACGAUCGUCCCCUGCUUGUGAGACCACCGGGUGGCUUACCCCUGCCCCAUCGAGCCUUUCAGAGCGGCUGUGAGAGUUAAUAAAAAUUGGGGGCAAAUUGAACAUUCUUGCCUGGAGACUCCUGAGAUCAUCUCCUAAACCCCAUGAGACUCUGACCCAGCUCUUGAAUGAGUCUGGAGACACAGAUGUUUCAGAAUGUACAUUCUGGAAGCCAAUGGCUGCUUCAACCACUGACAAUUUUGCUGCUGUUUGCUCUUGCAGACAGGCAGACUGAUCUCCCGAAGGCCGUGGUGAAGCUUGAGCCCCCAUGGAUCCAGGUGCUGAAGGAAGACAGGGUAACUCUGAAGUGUGAAGGGACCCACAGCCCUGGGAACGAUUCCACCCAGUGGCUCCACAAUGGGAAUUCCCUCUGGAGCCAGGUCCAGCCCAGCUACACGUUUAAAGCCUCGGACAAUGACAGUGGAGAAUACCAGUGCCGAAUGGGGCAAACCAGCCUCAGCGACCCUGUGCAACUGGGAGUGAUUUCCGACUGGCUGCUGCUCCAGACCCCUCAACUGGUGUUUGAGGAAGGGGAAACCAUCGUGUUGCGGUGCCACAGCUGGAGGAACAAAUUCAUGAGCAAGGUCACAUUCUACCAUAAUGGAAAGUCUAUAAGAUAUAAUCAUUUCAUUAGCAACAUCUCCAUCGCCAAAGCAAAUCACAGCCACAGUGGUGAUUAUCACUGCACAGCCCGUCUAGGACAGGCACAACACUCAUCAAGGCCUGUGACCAUCACUGUCCAAGGUCCCUCAACUACACCCUUCACCUCUCUGCUUUGGUACCAUGCUGCUUUCUGCCUAGUGAUGUGCCUCCUGUUUGCAGUGGACACGGGCCUUUAUUUCUACGUACAGAGAAAUCUUCAAGCCCCAGUGGAGAAGUGGAGAAAAACCCUGUCAGUCAGAAAGUGUCAGGCUCCUCGGGACAAAUGACGUCGCAUCAUACGGCAGCCGCAGCCGCAUCUUUCCAGCCGCACUGAUGCUUCUCUUACAGUUUUCUUUGAAAGCAGCUUAGAGCCAGGCCUAUUGCGUGGUCCUGCAAUUGCAGCUGCAUCGGAGGUUGCGGCCAGAGGAUCGGAAGUUCAAGGCCUGCCUGGGAGGCAGAGUGAGUGUAAGGCUAGACUGGGUAACUAAGUAAGAUCCUAUUUCAAGAAAAGUAGGCUGGGUAGGGAGUGUGUAGGUGUGUGCUUAGAUGGCUCACCAGGAAAGGGCAACCGUUGCAGAGUUCGAUCCUUGGAACCCACAUGACAGAAGAAGAGAACAAAUUCCUGAAAGCUGUCCUCUGACCCCCACACUCCACCGUGACAGGUGCAGCUUCUCUCUCCACACGCACACACAACACAAAGAAAUUUAUAUGUACUUUUUAUUUUUCAACAAGAAAGGAAGGGGAAAAAAGGCUGAGAAUUGGUGGCAGAACUGUUACUCAGUUUACAUGAUGUCCCAGGUUUGACCUCUAGCAAUAAAAACAAAAAUCAAUCUGGGGUAAGGAUCUCUUUUUUGUGACUUUUGUUUUGUUUUUGGUUUUACGAGACAGGGUUUCUCUGUAUUGGUUUGGAGGCUGUUGGUCCAGCCUUGAACUCACAGAGAUCUGCCUGUCUCUGCCUCCCGAGUGCUGGGAUUAAAGGCGUGCACCACCACCGCCCGCCUUUUUUGUGACUUCUUUACUCAAAAUAAUUAAAAACCUUUCCCUUGUACUUAGAAGGAAAUCUAAUGGCUUUCGUUGUUCUAUAAGAUGGUACCAUGCGAUCUUGUCUCCCUGAUCUCAUUCCUUCCACUUCUCCUGGUUCAUUCUUGCUCAGUUUGCUCUUCCUUCACAGCACCUAUGCUUCAUAUACCGCCAUCUUCUGUUUCAGGGAUGUCCUGGCCUACAGAGGCCCACAUCCUGUUUCACUGCGCACUUGCCCCCUGUUUAAGAAUUGUUCCAAGCAAAACUCAGCCUGAGGCUUGUUCCUCAGUGCAGUGGUGCUGGGAGGAACCAAUGGGAGGCAUUCAGAUCAUCAGGGAUGACUGAUGCCUCCACCAAUGCGUGGGUUGAUGCUUUCCAGGAGGAAUAGCUUAGUCACCCUGCAGCUUAGCUGGUCUUUGUCUCAACAGUGCCCUUACUUGCUCUUGAACUAAAUUCUCUGUAACUGUGAACUAAAUAAACCUUUUUUAAAAAAAUAAA